GGCCACGUUUAUCAGCAAGUGGGGGAUUUCAAGAGAGCGAUAGAAUAUUUUGAGCGGUCCCUAAAUGUAGCCAAGGAAUUAGGAAACAAAGCUGCAGAAGGAGAAGCAUAUGGAAAUCUUGGCGUCGCUCAUGACAGGCUAGGAGAAUUUGUAGCAGCGAUACGCUACCAUGAAUGUUGUUUAAGAGUGGCAAAAGAAUUGGGUGUCAGGUCCGCAGAAGGGCUCGAGUAUGGGCAUCUUGGCAACAACUACUCUAGUAUAAGAGAUUUUAAAAGAGCCAUAAUCUGCUAUGAAUGUUUUCUGAAAAUUUCUAAAGAACUGGGGGACAGGCCCGGAGAAGGAAAGGCGUAUUGCAGUCUCGGCAACGCACAUCAUAGACUGGGGAAUUUUACAGCGGCCAUAGACUACCAUGAAGGGCAGCUGAAAAUUGCGAAAGAACUAGAUGAUAAACGAGAAGAAUUAUCAGCGUGUGGUAAUCUUAGUAACGACCAUCUCCGUACAGGAAAUUUUAAAACAGCCGUAGAGCUCGCUAAAUGUCGCCUUAAAAUUGCGAUAGAAUUGGACGACAGGUCAGGAGAAGGAAAAGCGUAUGAAAAUCUCGGUAAGGCCUAUAGCGGUCUGGGAGCUCUUGAUGCAGCUAUAAACUACUAUGAACGUCACCUGGAAAUUGCGAAAGAAUUGGGUGACAGAUCAGAAGAAGGAACAGCGUUUGGAAACUUAGGUAUCGCCCAUCACAGUCUGGGAAAGUUUGAAACAGCCAUAAACUACCAUGAACGUCACAUCAAAAUCUCCAAAGAAUUGGGCAAUACGUCUGAAGAAGGAAACGCAUAUGGAAAUCUUGGCAACGUCCAUACCAGUGUCGGAAAUUACAAAACAGCUUUAUUGUGCCAUAAAAAUAAUUUGAAGAUUAUGCAAGAAUUAGGUGACAGGUCAAGAGAGGGAAAGGCUUAUUGCAAUCUCGGCAACGUCCACCACAGACUAGGAGAUUUUAAAACAGCUUUAGAUUACCAUAAACGCCACCUGGAAAUUGCGGAAGAAUUGGGUGAUAGUCCAGACGAAGGAAUCGCGUUUGGAAACCUUGGCGGGGACCAUCUCAGUCUAGGAAAUUUUAAAACAGCCAUAGAAUACACUGAAAGUAAACUAAAAAUUGCAAGACAACUGUGUGACAAGUCCAGUGAAGGAGCAGCGUACGUGAAUCUGGGAAACGCUUAUCAGAGUCUGGGAGAUUAUAAAAAAGCCAUAGAUUACUAUGAAAGUGGCUUAAAAAUUGCAAAGGAAUUAAGUGAACGACUAAGUGAAGGAAAGAUCUAUUGUGAUCUGGGAACCGUCUAUAAAAGCUUGGGGCAUUUUCAAACAGCUAUAGAUUACCUUGAACAGAGUCUUGUAAUUUCGAAAGAGCUGGGCGACAAAUCAGGAGAAUGUAACGCGUAUGGCAAUCUUGGCAACGUCUAUCAAAGUUCUGGAGACUAUAAAAGUGCCAUGGUUUACAAUAAACUGAACCUUAAAAUUGUGAAAGAACUGGGUGACAGAUCUAAAGAAGGAAAAGUGUAUGGUCAGCUCGGCACCCUCCAUCACAGAAUGGGGAAUUUCGAAAUAGCUAUAGAAUACCAUAAACGUCGCCUGGAAAAUGCCAAAGAGUUAGGAGACAAAAAGGGAGAAGGUUUGGCUUCUGGUAAUCUAGGCUGCGAUUACCUCAGACUAGGAGAUUUUAAAGCUGCCAUAGAUUACAAUAAACUUUACCUGAAAAUUGCGAAAGAACUAGGUGACAGGUCAGGUGUAGGAGCAGCGCACGGAAAUCUCGGUAAUACCUAUCAAAGCCUGGGAGAUUUCAUAACAGCCAUAGACUACCAUGAACUUCACUUAGAAAGUGCCAAAGCAUUAGGCGAGAGGUCCGCAGAAGUAAUAGCGUAUGGAAAUCUCGGCAUUGCCUAUCACAGUCUGGGAGAUGUUGAAAAAUCUCUCCACUACCAUAAGUUGCACCUGAAAGCUACGAAAGAAUUAACCGACAAAAAGGGAGAGGCUGACGCGUAUGGCAAUCUUGGCAACGUCUAUUUCAGUCUUGGAGACUUUAAAACAGCCAUAGAAUACAAUGAACUUUGUCUGAAAGCUUUUCAACAAUUGGGAGACAGUUUCGGAGAAGGAUCGGCGUACUGCAAUAUCGGCAGAACCUAUCACAGGCUAGGAGAUUUUAAAACUGCCAAAGACUGUGCUGAACGUCACUUGGAAAUUGCAAUAACAUCUGGUGAUAGACCGGGGGAAGGAAUAGCGUACGGUAAUCUCGGUACCUUAUUUGAAUCUCUAGGUAAAUUUCAGGAGGCUCUGAAAUAUUACCAGCUUAGUGUAACUUUGUUGAAUAAUCUCAGGGAUCGUCUUAAGCAUAACGACGACUGGAAGUUGAGUUUACGUGAUACGUAUCAAGAAACGUACACUAAAUUGUGGGGUUUGCUGUUAAAGGAAGGCAAGGUUAUGGACGCUCUGAUUACUGCGGAACAAGGUCGUGCACAAGGCUUAAAGGACCUUAUGGCACUAAAUUAUUUCUUUGAGACGACUGAUUCCGAACCAGGCAAAGAAAGCGAAGACAUUCAAGAACUGUUGAACGACCUUUCUUCAAAUAUGACAAUUUUCAUAGCAAUUGGAAGGACUGAAUUGAUUUUUUGGGUUUGCCAGGAUGGAAAGGUUGUUGAAUUACGAAGAAAAGAUGUCGAUUCUUCGAAUGAAAUCAGUACUUUCUUUCAAUCUCUUGUGCUGGUUGCUGGUCAGGAAAUUGGCGCAACAGAUGAUGUUAACUGCGAAGAUCGCUCACUUAAUGAGAAGAGGUUUAAAAGGCUGGUGGUUAAGAGUUCCCCUCAUGAUGAUCGCGAAACCCAGUCCUUCAUCACUGAGAAAAGUGCCCUUAGUAUAUUGUACGACACAAUAAUUGCUCCCAUUAUAGACCUGUUUGUUUGCAGUGAGCUCGUAUUUGUCCCGGAAGGUUCUCUGUGCUUGGCUCCUUUUGCUGCUUUCAAAGCCCCGAAUUCCAAAUACCUUUGUGAAUCAUACAACAUUCGCGUGAUUCCAUCACUGACCAGUGUGAAAAUGAUCAAAGAUUGUCCAGAAGACUACCACUGCAAGUCUGGUGCGCUACUCGUGGGUGAUCCGUGGGUGCAAGAUGUGAACAAGCUACCCCCGUUGCCAUUUGCCAGAGAGGAAGUAGAGAUGAUUGGAAGAUUGCUGGGCAGUACCCCUCUCAUUGGAAGACAGGCUACAAAGGAUGAGGUGUUACAAAGAAUCGCUUCAGUUGCUGUGGUGCACAUCGCCGCACAUGGUAGUAUGGAAACUGGCGAAAUUGCGUUAGCGCCAAACCCGGGUGAGACGGAUUUCAUCAUGACUAUGAAAGAUGUACUGCGAGCAAAGAUUCGAGCCAGACUGGUCGUACUUAGCUGCUGUCAUAGUGCUCAUGGUAAAAUCAAAGCCGAGGGUGUAGUUGGCAUAGCACGGGCAUUUUUGGGUGCCGGUGCUCGUUCUGUCCUGGUAUCCCUGUGGGCGAUUGACGACAAGGCCACCCUUGAGUUCAUGAAAAAUUUCUACCAGCAUCUUGUGGAAGGAAAAAGCGCCAGCAAAGCCCUGAACCAAGCAAUGAACUGCAUGAGAGAAUCUGAAGAAUUUAGCGAUGUCAAACACUGGGCACCAUUCGUACUUAUUGGCGAUGAUGUCACACUAGAGUUUGGUGGGAGCGAAUAA